AGCACUGCCACAGCGCCUGAGCACGGUGAGGCCAGGCCAGCGUGUGCUGUGCUACGACAACCUCCUCAGGGGGAUGAAGUACACCGACAUCCUGGACGUCAGCGUCGCAGCAGGCUCCGAGUGCACCGACUGGGUGACAGUGCUCCUGCACGACGGCACGAGUCUGGAGAUGACCCGCAACCACCCAGUAGAGUGUUUCUCCACCUCUGAGGGGGGCCGCUCGCAGGGCAGGUACAUCCCGGCCAGCGAGGUGCAGGCAGAGAUAGACAGCAUAGUGGUACUCAAGACCGUCCUGGUGCCCGUCAGCAGCGUCCAGCGGACAACGCCGGAUCCCGUCCCCAGCACCAGCGCUGCACCCUCGCGGGACUGGGUCAACCUCAGUGUACAGCACCCAGACCGUCACACAAUCUUCGUCUCGCAUAGUUCCGAGGCGGCGCGCGGCGCCAUGGCUGUCGGGACGCUCGACUUCUCCCAUGGUGGCCACCGCAUGUCCGUGAAACGAUCGUUCGUCGCUGUAGAGGAUGAUGCUGGCACCAGCGAGAAGCUCAGCAGCCGGCGCACGGUCUCCGCACCAGACCUCGGGCUGACCCGGGACCAGGACCUGGACCUGGAGGCGGGCUUCCUGGGCGACCCCCAGGACUCGGAGGUCAGCGACAGCCCUAGGCGCGCCCCGAUGGGCGCCUUCCAGCUGCUGGCCGGGCUCGUCGCAGGGGCCGGCGGGGCCCUGUUGUCCCCCCGGGGGCCCCCGGCGGAGGGCCCCACCGCCGCCGCGCCCAGCAGGGCGUCGUCGGCGUCGGCGGGGGGCCUCGCGUCCUCCGCGGGCAGCGAGAAGCACGGCGGCAGCGCCUCGACGACGUCCGCGUCCGAGGGCAAGCGCAAGGGCGGGCUGCGGCGCGAGAGGCAGCGGGAGAAGCUGAAGGAGAAGCGGCACGGCUGAGGCGCGGGCUGGGGCCCGCGCCGCCCCGCGCCAGCGCCUCGACGGCGUCCGCGUCCGAUGGGGAGGCGCGGGGGGGCGGGCUGCGGCGGUCGGCCUUAUAAAGCAUCUAAGAGCUUACCAGACAACCGAGGAGCAUUUUAACAAGUCCCAACGUGCCGGGGGCACGUUGGCGGAUCCAUCUAAUGGUAUGCGUAAGCCAUUUACCGCAUAGCUGUAUUUCCACCGCCUGUGCCUUGGGCGGCCGCUGUAUUUCAACCGCCUGUGCCUUUGGCGGCCGCGUCUCGGUUCCGACGCAUAUUAGGAAGCUCGGAGCUUUUAGCAUACGCUGUAAGUUGCUCGUUUUCAGCGCCACGUCGCGCAAGGCCGCAGCCUCGAGGUCACACUCUUCUGGCAUACCUCCUCUCUUGCCUGAACCCUCCGCGCGACCUUGUUUCGGCAAAGCAGCAACCCGACAACGGGGUUACAACAUUUUCAUUGCUCGGGCAUGCUCCCGCGUAUGUUGCCACACGCUUCUGUUCAUCGUGGUGGGACCGCAGCCGUCUGGCUGCGACGGCACCAACGACUCGGUUGCGACGGCACCCACGGCAACUCAAUGGCUGAUAAGGUUGUGACAGGUUUGGUGAUGUCGCUCGCGGCAUUUGUGAUCAUCUCGAUGAAAUCAGGAGUACC